ACGUGAUGACGGGUGUGUAAAAAUGGCGCAUCUGGAUAAUUCACAAUUAGUUCUAGACACACUCCCAUAGUCUCCCGAAGAUGGAUCACCAGGGAAAAUGAAUCUCCGAAUGACGGAGUGGAGACGGCGGGUUUUCACGGCAGCGCCUUAAAACACGGGCACCGAUCUGUCCAAGUGGAAAUUGACGUAACAGUUUGUCAUGAAAGGGGAGUAAUGACCACGGUGAGAAAUCUGCUAUGAUAUGCAGCUCUGAAUGUACUGGGCUCUACGAGAUUUAUGCAACGUGCGCUUGCAUCCGUUCAUGAAAACGAAUAAAUCAGCCGUCGAUUGUUCGGAAUUUCACAAAAAUCAUGUGGAUGCCGACGGAGGAAGAGAAAUUUGGAGUUGUCAUCUGCAGCUUCCGAGAUUCUGUGUUCCAGGGCCUCGCUCUGGAGAUUGGAGAGACUGUACAGAUCCUGGAGAGGACAGAAGAAUGGUACCGAGGAUUUUCCACCAGGAAGCCUUCUGUCAAGGGUGUCUUCCCAGCUAACUACAUACAUUUGAAGAAAGCAGUUGUCUCUAACAGAGGGCCAAAUGAGAUAGUCGUGCCCCUAGAAGACCCCAUUGUCACAGAGGUGACUGCAGCCCUGCAGGAGUGGGCCGUCUUGUGGAAACAGCUGUAUGUGAAACACAAGACUGACCUGUUCUACAAACUGCGGCACGUCAUGAAUGAGCUGAUUGACCUGCGGCGACAGCUGCUAUCUGGUCACCUGACCCAGGACCAGGUCCAUGAAGUCAAGAGGCAUGCCACCAUACGUCUGGACUGGGGGAAUGAACACCUGGGCCUGGAUCUUGUACCCCGACAGGAGUUUGUCAUGGUGGAUCCAGACCAGAUCAGUGUUUCAGACCUCUACAAAAUGCACCUUUCCAGUCGACAGCGGGUCCAGCAAAGCACAUCCCAGAAUGACAGUGCACGGGUCUCUGUGCCACACCACCUCUUGGUCAGCCUGAAGAGCUUCACCCACAAUACCAUCAAUGAGGACGUUGACAUCUUCUUCUCUCUGUAUGACAUCCGGGAGAGCAAGCAGAUCAGUGAGAAAUUCAUGGUGCGGCUGAACAAGAGUGGGGGGGCCAAGAACGCAGAGAAGGCUGAUCGUCUGUGCUCUCUCUUUAUGGACUUGAGCAGCAAGGACCUGAAGAGGGACCUCUAUAUUGUGGCACACAUUAUAAGAACUGGCCGCAUGCUGCUGAAUGACUCGAGGAAGGGCCCGGCCCAGGGUCAGUAUCGACGGCCCCACGGCUGCGCUGCCUUAGCCCUGAGCGAGGUGCUGCACACCAUAUCAGAGCUCAAAGAGGAGAAGGAAUUUGUUCUCAAAGUUUACACUUGCACCAAUGAAAGUGAGUGGCAGCAGAUUCAUGAGAGCAUCAUCCGCAAGUCCAGCGUCAAGUCCGCAGCCCCCUGCAGCCACGGCCUGAUCAUCGCCCUGCAGUUCCUGCAUGGGGAGAUGGAGCAGAUCCGCCGCGAGCACAUGGCGCUCCUCAGCCGGGGCAUCAGCGUCACCCGCCAGCUCACCUUCCCAGAGAUGAUCAUGCCAGGUGACAUCCGCAAUGACUUGUACCUGACCUUGGAGCGAGGAGAGUUUGAGAAAGGAGGCAAGAGUGUACAGAAGAACAUUGAGGUCACUAUCUACGUGUUGUAUGCAGAUGGACAAAUCCUAAAAGACUGCAUCAGCCAGGGCAGUGGGGAGCUCAGCUCCAGUGAGCAUCGCUCCCUCGUGUUUUACCACAACAACGCCCCCCGCUGGAACGAAAUGGUGAAACUCUCCAUACCUUUCGAUCGCUUCCGAGGCUCGCACCUGCGCUUCGAGUUACGCCACUGCUCCACUAAAGAUAAAGGUGAAAAGAAGCUUUUUGGCUUUGCCUUCACGCCGCUCAUGAGGGAAGACGGAACGACGCUGUCGGACGAGAGCCAUGAACUCUAUGUCUAUAAGUGUGACGAGAGCACGACCUUCAGUAACCACGCCCUCUACCUGGGGCUGCCCUGCUGCAAAGAGGACCUGAGUGCCUGUCCUGGCUCCAGCACCAGCCCCACCUUCCAGCGCAGCCCCAAGGAGCUGCUCUGGGUGUCCACACAGCUGUGCUCCAGCAAGCUGACGCAGAACGUGGAUGUCCUGGCCCUGCUUAAUUGGAAAUCUCACCCUGAUCGAGUGAUGGAUCUCCUGGGGCGGCUGCGCUACAUCAGUGGGGAGGAGCUGGUCAAGUUUUUGCAAAAUAUCCUGGACACAUUGUUUUCCAUUCUGGAGGAUAACACUGACAAAUAUGGCCCUUCGGUUUUCCAGUCGCUGGUUUUCAUCAUCAACUUGCUGCGAGAAGGCAGAUUCUCCCAUUUCCGCACAGUCACAGACAACUACAUCCACAAUCACUUCUCCUCAGCUGUGGCAUACAAGGAGCUGAUUCGCUGUCUGAAAUGGUACAUGGAACGUUCAGCUGAGCUGACCAGACAGGAUCAUAUUCAGGAGGCCAUGAGGGCCCUGGAUUACCUGUUUAAGUUCAUCGUGCAGUCCCGCACCCUGUACUCCCAGGCCACCUGUGGCAUGGAGGAGGACCAGUUCAGAGCCAGCAUCCAGGAGCUGUUCCACUCCAUCCGCUUUGUGCUGAGCCUGGACAGCCGCAGCUCAGAACCUCUCGUGUUCACCCAGGUGGCGCUGCUGAGCUCCUUGCCAGCUGUGUUCGACGAGCUGCUGCCCGUGUUCACGGUCCAGGAGGCAGCUGAACUUGUGAGGGGCACUUUGAGCAGCAUGCCCAGCACAGUGCACAUGGGCCAGUCCAUGGACGUGGUCAAGCUUCAGUCAAUCGCCGGCACCGUAGACAGCAGGCUCUUCUCCUUUGCAGAGUCCCGGAGGGUCUUGCUACCUGUGGUCCUCCACCACAUUCAUCUUCACCUCCGCCAGCAGAGAGAGCUGCUUAUUUGCUCUGGCAUCCUCAGUAGCAUAUUCUCCUUAAUCAAGGCCAGCUCCCUGGAAACCUCGGUGCAGGAGGAGGUGGAGAUGAUGGUGGAGAGCUUGCUGGACGUGCUUCUGCAGACACUGCAGGCCAUCAUGAGCAAGUCGCAGUCCCCGGAGGUCUGCCGGGGGCAGCGCUGCCCGCAGUGCACGGCUGAGAUUACUGGAGAGUAUGUGUCCUGCCUACUUUCUCUCCUGUGUCAGAUGUCUGAUGCUCACUUCCAGCAUUUGCUGGACAGCUUCCAGAGUCAGGAUGAACUCAAGGAGUUCCUGCUGAGAAUCUUCUGUAUGUUCCGUAAUCUGAUGAAGCUGAGCGUGUUUCCGAGAGACUGGGUGGUGUUGCGGCUCCUGACCAGCCACAUCAUCCUGAAAACCACCCAGCAUCUAUCGCUUGCAUUGCGUAAGAAUUUCACAGAGGCCAGUUUUGAUUUCAAGGUGUGGAGCUCCUACUUUAGCUUGGCUGUCCUCUACAUCAGCCAGCCAAGCCUUCAGUUGGAGGCCUUCAGCCCAGCCAAGCGGAAUAAAGUGCUGGACAAGUAUGGAGACAUGAGAGUGACAAUGGCGUAUGACCUUUAUAACAUGUGGCAGCACCUUGGUGAGGACAAGAUACACUUUAUCCCCGGAACUAUCGGGGCUUUUUUGGGCGUGACAUUGGUUCCUCAAGAUGAAGUGAGGAACAUCAUGAUCCCCAUCCUCCAUGACAUGAUAGACUGGGAGCAGCGCAGGAAUGGCAACUUCAAACAGGUGGAGGCGGAGCUGGCUGACAAGCUGGACACCCUGGUGUCAGAGGGGAAGGGGGAUGAGAGCCACCGAAAGCUAAUCGGCCUGCUAACCCAACUCUUUGGCCCGUAUCCCAGCCUUUUGGAGCGGAUCGAGCAGGAGACCUGGAGACAGAUCAGCAUCUCUUUCGUCACAUCUGUCAUGCGACUGACUGAGCGUGUGCUUGAUUACAAGAACUGCCUGAAAGCGGGCGAGGCGGAGAACAAGAAAUCGGGCUGCACAAUCAACUUGCUGAGCUUUGGUAAGUCUGACAUGAAUAAAGAAGAGCUGUAUAUUCGCUACAUCCACAAACUGUGUAAUGCUCACCUGAAAACGGAGAGCUACACAGAGGCUGGCUUCACACUGCUCCUGUACUGGGACCUACUGCACUGGGAAGCCCGCCCACUCAGGGAAUUCCUUCACUACCCGGCCCAGAGCGAGUGGCAGCGAAAGGAGGCCCUGAGCCGCAAGAUCAUCCACUACUUCAACAAAGGAAAGAGCUGGGAAUACGGAAUACCAGUGUGUCGUGAGCUGGCCUCCCAGUAUGAGGCUACCUAUGACUACCAGAGCCUGAGCUGGAUAAGGAAGUUGGAAGCAACUUACUAUGACAACAUCCUGGAGCAGCCACGCCUUGAACCCGAGUUCUUUAGAGUGGGCUUUUAUGGGAAGAAAUUCCCUUUCUUCCUCAGGAACAAGGAGUUUGUGUGCCGGGGACAUGAUUAUGAGCGGCUUGAAGCCUUCCAGCAAAGGAUGCUGGGAGAAUUUCCAGAAGCAAUCGCCAUGCAACACCCUAGUCAACCAGAUGACUCUGUUUUGCAGUUUGAUGGUCAAUACCUCCAGAUUUACGCAGUGACUCCUGUGCCAGAGAAUGUCGAUGUGCUUCAGAUGCACCGUGUAUCAGACCGCAUCAAGAGCUUUUACCGUGUCAACAAUGUGUGCCAUUUUCGCUUUGAUCGUCCUUUCCACAAGGGCAUGAAAGACAGAGAGAACGAGAUCAAGAGCCUUUGGAUUGAACGGACGACUCUGACCCUCUCUCAUCCACUCCCAAGUAUCUCACGUUGGGCCCAAGUGGAAAAGCGUGAUCUAGUGGAGGUGAGCCCGGUGGAGAACGCUAUUUCUGUGGUGGAGAACAAGAACCAGGAGCUCCGCAUGCUGAUCAGCCAGUACCAGCAUCGGCAGCCACACGGCAACGUCAAUCAGCUCAGCAUGUGUCUCAAUGGGGUGAUUGAUGCUGCUGUCAACGGGGGCGUGGCCAGAUACCAGGAGGCCUUCUUUGAUGAGGAGUACAUCGGGAACCAUCCGCAGGAUGUAGAGAGGAUCAGCAAACUCAGAGCUGCCAUGCAGGAACAGGUGCACAUCCUGGGAGCUGGGCUGGCAGUGCAUGAGAGACUGGUGCAGCCAGAUAUGCGACCCCUGCAUAAGAAGCUGGUUGAUCAGUUCUACAUGAUGAGGAGUGGCUUUUGUCGGGGGGUGCCAGGCCUGGAAAAGCUGAGCCCCACAUGCUCCAGAUUCAGCUCCCCCCGAGGCCUUGCAACAAACCCUGAGAGCAUGAGACUGAUGCACGCGCAUGGACACAUGAACUUGCUGGGCUCCUUCCGCCAGUCGUCGUCUUCCCUGUCUUCUCACAGUUCCACCGAGAUGGGGAACCUGGCCAUCGUGACAGACAGCCUGACAGGCGAGCACAGCGAUGACUUUAUCCGCAUGCAGCCAAGCCCCUCCUCCUCCAGCUUAAGUUCCACGCACUCUGCGCCCUCACAGAUAAUCAACUCUGCUCACUCUAGUGGAAGAGGGUCCCCCUCCAUGCCAGAUAAGCACAGGAAUAAUCGGGAGUUGAUGACACUGCUGCCCCGACAUCAGGAAAGGCCCAGUAGCACCAUGUACCCCAGUGCAUUUGAGAGCGAGCAGCCCAACAGUUUCCAGCGCUCGCUAUGCCACCAGAGUGGUCCAUGUAAGCCAUGCAGUGAUCCGAACCUCUCACUGGCGGAAAGAGGACUCUUCCUGACGCACUUUGAUCCCGCCCAGCCUCAUAUGAGUGACGGCCAUCCUGUCUUCCCUGCACGGUCACUGAGAAAGUCUCCUCUGCAUCCCAUCCCUGCCUCGCCCACAAUCCUCCACUCUGGCCUGGAUGGCAGCAACUCUACCCUGUCGGGCAGUGCCAGCAGCGGCGUGUCCUCCCUGAGCGAGAGCCAGUGUGCCCCGCCGUCAGAGCCACCGGGUCGAACGGACACCUUAGAGUCCAUUCCCAGUCAGGCCUGGACUCCAGACGAGGUCACGGGGGCACCCUACCUGUACGUCCAUUACAGCUCCUCUGAACCCGACGACAUCCACUCUGCCAAGCCCUUACCGUGCCGCAGUCACUCAGCCCCUGGGGGCGUCAACUCCGGCCCCCCACAGGAUCAUCUCUAUUACCAGAAUAAUGCCCAUCUAUGCCAUGGGCAUCAUCCCACGCUUACAUCCAAGCCCUACUUUAGGGAGGUCUGUCGCCCUGAAGAAGGCUUUCGGCAGCAGCCAAUGCUUCUGCCAGCACCCCUGCAACACAAGAUCCCCUAGCCCCUUGGGAGACACAGAGGCUAUGGGGUUUGUGGGCAGGGCUUUGGGGGAGACCGAGACGGGUAUGGGGUUUGUGGGCGGGGCUUUGGGGGACACAGACGGCUAUGGGGUUUGUGGGCGGGGCUUUGGGGGACACAGACGGCUAUGGGGUUUGUGGGCGGGGCUUCGUGGGAGAGUGGGAGGGAGAGUAGAUUAGGAAAAUGUGAGGAUGUCUGCAGCAGCCAGGAGGUGUGACGGGGGUGUCAUGGUGGACAGGAUAUGGGAAUGUAGAUGGUGCUGAGGAGCAGAACAGAGAGGUAGGAGAAGAGCUGGAGCCUGGAGAUAUCUGAUUUUUUCUGUCAUUAACAUUCCAGCAUUUUUGCUAUUCUGCAAAAACGAAAACAAAACAAUGAUUCCAAAAUGGCAUCCCCAUGUUUUCCUGAAAUCAGUUUUCUCUGCACUUUUCCCUCUAAGCCUAAUCUUAAUUUCUGCUUUCACACCACUUCAGUUCGCUUGUAGUUAAUCGGCCACUGCUCAGCGGGCAGAGCGUUUAGGGCGUAAUACUCACCUGGGUGCAGUUUCCAACUGUACGGUUUGGUGUCCACAGAUGCUACGUAUCAUACGUCAGGCAGAGAAAUGUAUGACCAUCCAAUGAAAUAAUCAACUGGAUGCUAUUCAGUGGUCAGAGAUCCCCAAAAGCAGCAUUUUUGGCCCUAUAGUAAGUUAUCUGUUUAACCACAACCCCAAUACUAACAACAAAAUCUCAACAUUCGUUUUCUACCUGUCUUUACAUGCCUCCUUUAUUUCUAAACAAAUCAACAGAAGAAUGUUUAGAAAUGUCUGUCAUGCUAUAACUCGUUUAGGUGUACUCCUAAGCCUCUUAAAUAUUGUAAUGAUUCAACCUUAUUUCUGUUUUUUCAUAAAGGCAUUUUCUUUGUGCGCAUAUAAGAUAUUUGUAUGUACAGUAAAUAUUAUAUAUGCAGAGAUGUUUUGUGUCUUUGGAGAUUCGGUCAUUAUUUUCAUUACUGCUUUUUUCCAAUAUAUUUUUGGCUAAUGGGUGUAAUCGAAAGAGUAGUAAAUCUGGCACAUUGUGGAAAAAACCUGACACAGGGUGUGUAAUAAUGAUCAUCUCGCGUGGCUUUACUUUUGUAAAUAAUAUCUCUGAGAUUCUUUUAUUUAUAAAACGUAUAACAAGCAAACCAUGUAUAGAUUGUGAUUGUCUGCCUUGUACUUUAUGAUAAUUGUAUUUUAUAUAUAUGAUAUACAUAAAUAAAAAAUAAAAUGUGACUCUUCUAAAGGCUAAGUAAUUACUGUGAUUUGUGUUAAAGACAGUUUUACCUGCAAGCCAAGUAGAGUUUAAACAAAAAAGCUUUGCACAAUCAUGACAGCACUAUGUUGUAUACGUUGUUACAGCAUGAAUAAACUGAGAUGUGGAUUUAGUUGUGAAAUUCACACAUUUUUCUUACUUGCUAAACCAUUGCAAUGUGGACUAAUAAUGAUACAAAACAUUAAAGAAUAUGUUUUAUUGA